UUUAAUUCCUCAACAUCCUUCCCCUGGUGCUUUCCUAAUUCCCCACUAUCAAAUCCUCCCGAAAAGUACCAUAUUUGAGCAACAUUCUUGCAAGAGAUUUCCUUGCUAAGAUCAUCUUCCUCUUCUAAAUAAUCUCAAAUCUACAUCUACCUCUUCACCUAUUUACUAUUCAAGAUGCGUGAAGUUAUUAGUGUCAACGUCGGUCAAGCCGGUUGUCAAAUCGCAAACUCUUGCUGGGAGCUCUACUGUCUCGAGCAUGGUAUUCAGCCCGAUGGAUACUUGACCGAGGAACGUAAAGCCGCCGACCCCGACCAAGGCUUCAGCACCUUCUUCUCCGAAACCGGUCAAGGAAAAUACGUCCCACGUGCGAUCUACUGUGAUCUCGAGCCAAAUGUCAUCGAUGAGGUCCGUACCGGUACAUACCGCAACUUGUUCCAUCCGGAACAAAUGAUCACAGGAAAGGAGGAUGCUUCAAACAACUACGCUCGUGGACAUUACACUGUAGGCAAGGAGUUGAUUGAUCAAGUAUUGGAUAAGGUUCGCCGGGUUGCCGAUAACUGCUCUGGUCUCCAGGGUUUCCUCGUUUUCCAUUCCUUCGGUGGUGGAACUGGAUCUGGUUUUGGUGCUCUUCUUAUGGAGCGUUUGUCAGUCGAUUACGGAAAGAAAGUAAAGUUGGAGUUCUGUGUCUACCCAGCACCACAAACCGCUACCUCCGUCGUCGAACCAUACAACUCCAUCUUGACCACCCACACCACUCUUGAGCACUCUGAUUGUUCUUUCAUGGUUGAUAACGAGGCUAUCUACGAUAUUUGCCGAAAGAACCUUGGUCUCGAGAGACCUGACUACGUCAACUUGAACCGCUUGAUCGCCCAAGUUGUUUCUUCAAUCACUGCCUCCCUCCGAUUCGACGGUUCCCUCAAUGUUGAUCUUAACGAGUUCCAGACCAACUUGGUUCCAUACCCACGUAUCCAUUUCCCUCUCGUUGCCUACUCCCCAGUCGUUUCCGCUGCCAAGGCAUCCCAUGAGGCCAACUCCGUUCAAGAAAUCUCCAUGUCUUGCUUCGAGCCAAACAACCAGAUGGUCAAGUGUGACCCACGUAACGGAAAGUACAUGGCUACUUGCUUGUUGUACCGUGGUGAUGUUGUACCAAAUGAUGUUCACGCUGCUGUGGCCACUCUUAAAACUAAGCGUACCAUUCAAUUCGUUGAUUGGUGCCCAACUGGUUUCAAGAUCGGUAUCUGCUUCCAGCCACCUCAAAUGGUUCCUAACGGCGAUUUGGCCAAGGUCAACCGUGCUGUAUGCAUGCUUUCAAACACAACUGCUAUCGCUGAGGCGUGGUCCGCCCUUUCCCACAAAUUCGAUCUCAUGUACUCCAAGCGUGCUUUCGUGCAUUGGUAUGUCGGUGAGGGUAUGGAGGAAGGUGAAUUCUCUGAGGCCCGUGAGGAUCUUGCCGCUUUGGAGCGUGAUUAUGAAGAAGUUGCGACCGAUUCUCUUGAGGGUGAUGAGGGUGCCGAUGCUGAGUACUAAAUUAUUCUCUCGUUCCAAAUAUUUAUCUCCCAUGGGAUCAAAUAUUUGCAGAGCUCUAUUUCGUACUUGAUAUCGUAGCGUGUGAUGUUCCUUGAGGCUUGUUUUGGAACAGGUUCAUGUUUUCCGACAAGCCUAUAAAGACACUCUUCCUUUCAACGAAUUCAUGAAGGAAUUUCUCUUGUUUUUUAAUCAGAAUGCUUUUUUGUAAUCCCAAAUACCACAAAUCCUAGUAGUCAAUACAGAUACCAAUAAGAAAAAUCUAGACAAAUGUGAUUUUUACUUCUAAAUA